AUGUCAAACAACGACUCGAAAGAAAUUUCUAAAAUCGCUAGCAAAGUGCUGAGUCUUAGUGGCAUUAGUGAAGUUAUAACACGCCUUUCAAAAUGUAAAACAGAGGUCAUUGAGGUCAUACAUAAACACAGGAUUGAAACUAUUUAUGCUGGCAGUCUAACAGAAGGGACUGACACAAAAGAGAGUCAUUUUGAUCAAAUGUCGGUUAUACCCGGUAUAACUGUUUGUAUUUCAAAUGAAAAAGCGACGCCUCUUGGUGGACAUGUUUUCGAAUUAAACGCUAUCGGUAGCCAACCUGGAUAUUGUAGACUUCAACUACAUCAUUUAGCUGACGAAGAAUGCUUAUACUUUAAAGCUUGCCAAAGCAGCAUCAAAGAUUUAAUUGAGGAACAAAACGAUGGAAAUUUUCUUUCUAGCGAUAAGUUUGUAAAUGUGUUUGUCAAUUUAGGGAAACGUCUUGGUUUUUGUGUGCCUUCUCAUGUUCGACACGGUCCAUGCGCAAUGUCCGAGGUUAAUUGUACGCUUAAAAGGUACAGCGGGUGGGGUAAAGGGGAGAAAGACUGGGCUCAUGGACUUGUAUGCGAGGAGUGGCCUAUUGGGGCCAAUGAAUGGUUCAAAAGAAAACGUCAUGACUGGCCAACAGCUGAAAUACAAGAAAUAAUCAAGAAACAAAGCUGUCACGUCGUUCCUGUGGGCGAUAGAAUUUCUUCAUUUCACUCUCUACAGUGGCGAAUAUCUUUUCUCCUGCAAGAAAGGGAGUUAGUUUGGAGUUGUAACGACACACAACUUCAGUGCUAUUUGUUAAUGAAAAAACUGAUGAAAAAAUACAUCGAACCAGCUGUCUCUGAUGAGCUGAGCCCCUACCAUUUAAAAACUAUCGUGUUUUUGGCAAUCAGAAGAGGGAGGCAUGGCUAUUUGGAAAUCAGAGAAUCUUUUACAAUGUAUCAGCGAUUGAUUUCAAAGGGUGUUAGAUUGUAUUGA